UCCGCGUGCCACAAUAUAAAUUCAAUUUCACUUCAUUUUCCCUUCCAUUUCUUCCCCUCCCCAGUCCCUCGCACGCAACAACAAAAUCCACUCCUAUAUCUCCUCCCUCCGCGUCGCUCCCAACAUUUUCUCCCUUCUUCACCGCAAAAAACAUGGCGAACGCGGCAUCGGGUAUGGCUGUCCAUGAUGACUGCAAGUUAAAGUUUUUGGAGCUCAAGGCAAAAAGGACCCAUCGGUUUAUCGUUUUUAAGAUUGAGGAGAAGCAGAAGCAAGUUGUUGUGGAGAAGCUUGGUGAUCCAGCAAAUGGUUAUGAUGAUUUCACUGCUGAUGAGUGUCGAUAUGCUGUUUAUGAUUUUGAUUUUGUCACUGAAGAGAAUUGCCAGAAGAGCAGAAUUUUCUUCAUUGCAUGGUCCCCUGAUACAGCUAGGGUUAGAAGCAAGAUGAUUUAUGCCAGCUCCAAAGAUAGAUUCAAGAGGGAGCUUGAUGGAAUUCAGAUUGAGCUGCAAGCAACUGACCCUACUGAGAUGGGUCUUGACGUGUUCAAAAGUCGGGCCAAUUAAAGGAUUCUGAUUAUGCAUAAUAGGAGUUGUGAUGGGGAACCUCCUUCAGCCUAUUUACUCAUAUCGAAAUGUCUAUAGUUUGUGGGUCAACUUGGCUAAUUUGGACUCAAUUUUCCAAGUUUUGACAUGAAGUCUAUUGCAACUUCAACAUGCUUCUGUUGUUCCGGUGUAUCUUGUGGUUUGUGACAUACAACCCCGUGUUUGGGUGUCAUCUUAGUCCUAUGCCUACUAGUUAAAUAUUGUAACUGUUUUUGUGUGAUUGGACCAAAAAUUGGGAUCAGCUAUUGAUGUAAUAUUGACACAUGCCCUCUUACUAGUGUCUUAUGGCUUAAAUUAACUGAAAUACUUUCUUGAA